UCUAUCCUAUUCAUUCAUCAUCGAUCCUUCAUAUAUAUAUAUAUAUAUAUAUCAAUUCUUCGAUCGAUCUAUCAUCUCUCUAGCUUCCCCAGGCGAAAUUAAUAAUAAUAAUAAUAAUGGCGACGGGAGAUAAUAAUAUAGGAGAUCAGAGCUGGAAGGCAGCGGCUGAGACGACGGAAUACGCAUUCAAGAGCACGGAAGUGCCGUCAUGGAAGGACCAAUUGACGGCGAGAUCGAUGGUGGCGAGCCUUGUCCUCAGCGUCGUUUUCAACUUCAUCGUCUGCAAACUGAAUCUCACCACGGGCGUCAUCCCGUCCCUCAACGUCGCCGCAGGGCUGCUAGCCUUCACCAUGAUCAAGUCCUGGACCACCCUCCUCACCAAGAUCGGCGUCCUCCAUCGCCCCUUCACCCGCCAGGAGAACACCGUCGUCCAGACCUGCGUCGUCGCCUCCUCCGGCAUAGCCUUCAGCAGCGGAACUGCUAGUUACAUGUUGGGGCUGCUAGCCUUCACCAUGAUCAAGUCCUGGACCACCCUCCUCACCAAGAUCGGCGUCCUCCAUCGCCCCUUCACCCGCCAGGAGAACACCGUCGUCCAGACCUGCGUCGUCGCCUCCUCCGGCAUAGCCUUCAGCAGCGGAACUGCUAGUUACAUGUUGGGUAUGAUCCCAAGGGUGGCCGACCAGGCCGAGAUCGGGAACACUCCCAACAACAUGAAGACCCUUUCCCUCGGCUGGGUGACGGCGUUUCUUUUCGCCGUUAGCUUCGUUGGCCUCUUCUCCAUUGUCCUCUUCCGGAAACUCAUGGUCCUCAAGUUCAAACUCACCUACCCUAGCGGAACCGCAACAGCCUACCUCAUCAACUCCUUCCACACCCCCAAGGGAGCGGUCUUGGCCAAGAAACAAGUCGCCACGCUCUUCAAAUCCUCCACUUUUAGUUUCCUCUUUGCUGGUUUCCAAUGGUUCUUUGCGGGCGGGGACGACUGCGGCUUCGCCAGCAUCCCGACGUUCGGCCUCAAAGCAUACGCGAAGAGAUUCUACUUUGACUUCUCCUCGACAUACGUGGGUGUCGGGAUGCUUUGCCCCGCCAUGGUAAACGUUUCCCUGCUCAUAGGGGCAGUGAUCUCGUGGGGGAUUCUGUGGCCUUGGAUUGAAACCAAGAAGGGGAAUUGGUACUCGGCAGACCUUCCUGGGUCCAGCCUUCACGGGAUCCAAGGAUACCGUGUCUUCCUGGCCAUUUCCAUGAUGCUCGGUGAUGGGCUUUUCCACUUUGUCUACAUGACCAUAACCACGCUUUUCAGCCUUUUUCUCAACAAGCGUAAUCGUGAUCGCAAUGGUGAAGAAGAAGAAGAAGAAGAAGAUUACGACGACAAGAUAAGGAGAGAAUACUUCUUGAAGGACUCAAUCCCGAAAUGGGCAGGAGUCUGCGGCUACAUUGUCCUGGCCAUUGUCUCCAUCAUUGUUGUGCCGCUGAUUUUCCAUCCUCUCAAGUGGUACCAUAUCGUGGUUGUGUAUGUGAUAGCUCCGGUUUUGGCCUUCUGCAACGCCUACGGCUGUGGUCUCACCGAUUGGUCACUCGCCUCAAACUACGGCAAGGUUGCCAUACUCAUCUUCAGUGCUUGGGUGGGUCUCAACAAUGGCGGCGUCUUGGCCGGUUUGGCUUCCUGCGGGGUCAUGAUGAGCAUCGUCUCCACCGCUUCGGACCUCAUGCAAGAUUUCAAGACGGGGUACCUGACUUUGGCUUCCCCAAGGGCAAUGUUCUUCAGCCAAGCCAUAGGAACCGCAAUGGGCUGCCUCGUAACCCCCUUGGUGUUCUGGAUAUUCUACAAGGCGUACCCGCUGGGUGAUCCCAACGGGUCCUACCCUGCCCCCUACGCGCUCAUGUACCGCGGCAUUGCGUUGUUAGGGGUGGAGGGGUUCGGAUCCCUCCCAAAGAACUGCCUCGGCCUGGCCGUGGGCUGCUUCGUUGUCGCGGUAGCCAUUGAUGCUCUCGUGGAGUUGCUGAAGAAGUUUGAGACAAGGUACAGAUUGUACCGCUUCAUUCCAAACCCAAUGUGCAUGGCCAUCCCCUUCUACCUCGGAGGCUACUUCGCCAUCGACAUGUGUGUUGGCAGCUUGAUUCUCUUCUUUUGGCGGAAGGCCAACGCUCAGAAAUCCAAAGAUUUUGGACCGGCUGUGGCGUCCGGGCUCGUCUGCGGUGAAUCCUUGUGGGGAAUUCCGGCGGCUGUGCUUGCAUUGCUUGGCGUCAAGGCUCCCCUUUGUUUGAAAUUCGCCUCAUCAUCAUCUUAAUUACUUGUACUUUUUAUCACGCUACUUUAGUUUUCAGCUUGCACUAGUUAAUUCAAUUCGUGUUUUGUUUUUAUUUUGUGGCAUAAGGAGUAAUAUUUUGCUUGCAGUAGUUAGUUAAUUCUUACCCUGUUACGUGCCGAUUAUACGUUUGUUAAUUUCAUAAUUUCAUAAUAAAAGUUGGUUUUUUUU